UUUGACAUUUCAAAAGUUGGGUUAACUCUCUAAAUUUUUAGUUCUGUUUACAUGAUAAUUAUUCGAAUUCUCUAUAAUAUACUUUGUAUAAGAUGCUUUAAAGAUGGAUGAUAAUGUAGAUGACUACGAUUUUGCGCCUUCAUCUAGUUCAAAUUUGGCAUCCUUAUUUGGCAAUUCUUCACCACAUUCCGAAACUGCUAGUCUCACAUACACUGCUCCUAAACAACCAAAACCUGGAAAUAAUUCUGAUGUAAAAAAUGAAACUCCAAAGGUCGAAAGCAGUGUUUUUUGUGCAAGGGUGGUUCAUGUUUGGAAAUUGACUGACGGUAAAUACCAGCUGUUGGGUAAACAUGGUCUUGCUGUUAUUGGAUCAACAGCCCAAAACUCCUAUGAAAUUAUUUUGUAUAAAGAACAACGUAAUGUGAUCAUGAGAGCUAAAAUAUCGGCUAGAUUUGAGGUGAAUUUAAAGAAGGAUGAGUUUGCGUCUCUGUACGACAAUAUGCAGGAAAACUGGUUAAUUAAAUUUAAUAACAAUGAUGAUUGUAUGGCUGUUAUGAAUGUUAUUGAAAAGUUUGGAGGUGUUGUAAAUCCUAUAGUUCCAAAUGUGCCUGCAUCUGAAAAGCAAGACUUAAAAAAUACCGAAGAACUUGCAACACCGGAAAAUAAAGCUAAAGCUGAUAUUUUGUCAAGAAUUGCUAAAAUGGGACAGUCUAUUUUACCUAGUAAAGAUUUAGACACAGAUAAUGAAUCUGUUGAAAGUACAGACUAUACUGUAUCAUCAUGUGCCCCCAAACCAAGUUUUAAAGAAAACCAACAUGUCAGUUCCACAUCAGCUGUUAUCCAACCUUCACAACAAAUUCAGAAUGUUCCUAACACUUUUGUUAUGAGCCAUCCAAUGGUUUAUGACCCUUUAAAUUUGUUCUAUGCUGAAAACCGUGCUCAUAAUAGUGAAGUUAGGAUCAAUUUAUCACAAAUUUCAGACAAAUUAAAUCAGAUUAUUAGCUUGGUUGAUUCAGAUAAGUCUAAUGACAAUUCAAAUAACUUGAAAAGUAAGCUGAAAGUGUUAGAGUUGAGAAAUGAGAAUUUAUUGAGGGAAUUAGGAUCAAGUCAGGAAGAAAACGCAAAAUUGAAACUGCAAUUGAAGGAAUACCACAGUAGUGUAAAGGAUGAAGAGCAGAGUAAAUUGGAAUUGAGGCUUCUGGAAGAACAAGAAGCUGUAAAAAUAGAGAAAUUGGACAAAGAAAUUCGUACACACAAGGACGAAAUCGCUGCCCUCACUCAAAUAGUGGAGGAACAAAAAGAAGAAAUUGAGGUACUGAAAACGAAUUUAGAAUUAAAUCAGAAUAAUACAAGUACAGCCCUAAAAGAUGAAAUUUCACAACUUGAAAGUACAAUUUCUGAUUUAAAAAUAAAGUUGCAAGAUUAUGAAACGAAAAAAGCAACAAGUCGAGAAGAAUUUGAGGACAAUAAGGAAAGAAGUGCAAAGUUUAUUGCGACACUAAAAGACGCAAUGAAUAGUAUGUACGGAAAUAUCAUGGCAAGUUGCAAUGAAGAUCAACAAAACCCCGAAAUUAGUAGGAUUAUUGCUCAAAAUAUAAAAUCCACAACACUAAAAAUUAUUCAAAAUUUCCAAGAAGAGUAUGUCAGUUUAGACCGAAUGAAAUAAAAACGUUUUUAAUUAA